CUUUACGACGGUGUCGUAAAGCGCUGUGUUGUUGAUGGAAAUGUGACCGGUCGCCCUCUGCUCUCAGUUUGCACAUUGUCGUCCUUCAGGGAAGCGCAGCUCCUCUCUCGGCAGAAACACAGCACAGCGUUCAACCAUGGCCGCGACUAUCGCCCGGAAAGCUAUCGAUCACCUGAAGAGCAAAGAGUUCAGGGAUUAUUUGACAAGGUCGCAUUUCUGGGGUCCUGUAGCAAACUGGGGUCUUCCCAUAGCUGCCAUCACGGAUAUGAAGAAGAGCCCUGAGAUCAUCAGUGGCAGGAUGACAUUCGCUCUGUCCUGUUAUUCACUGCUCUUCAUGAGGUUCGCCUACAAGGUGCAGCCACGCAACUGGCUGCUGUUUGCGUGCCAUUUGACCAAUGAGUCUGCACAGCUAAUCCAGGGCAGUCGUCUCAUCAAAUACAACAUGGAGAAGAAGAAGACGCAAACUCAGUGACAGAGUGAAGCAGAUGGAGAGGAUCCACUUCACGGUACCAUGCUGUUACAACAGCCUCCUAAACCAUCAACAUUUUACCGAAUCAUUUGAACCGUGGCACUUACACCAUGAAAUUACCAAGACUGAUCAUCCUCGUGAAGUUUUAGUCACUUUUUACGAUACGUACAGAAAAAAAGCAAAUGCUUGCCUCAAUGAUUUAAGGUCAACUGCUGUGAUUUGUUUUAAAAGUGUUUUCAUACAUCAACAUGACGCACAAAAAUAUAAUGUAGGUGAAUGUACACCAAGCUAACCAGCCUGAUGGUUACUAGAUGCUUUUCACAGAGAAUCCACUGAUCCACUGACACUUUAGAACGAGGCUAAAACAAUCAUUAUGCUCAACUAUAACAUUUUAAUCAGUAAUUAAUAUGUCAUCAUAUUUUAUAGAGAAUUUAACCAUAGUUCAGUUCAGUAUAUGGACUUCAUUCAUGAACCUUUACACACACACACAAAUACACAUACACACACACACACAGGAGAAAGACACUGUUGCUGUACAUUGAAAACAAUAUUUGCGGGUCGGAUUGGACAUGUUUUACUGCUGUAUGAUAAAUAAUGAUUUAAAUUUAUAAAAACAAAAAUGUUUGUGUCUUAAUGUGGUGCACUUACCCCCACACUGUAAAUCUAUAUCAUUAGGCUGGGAUCCAAUUAUAAUCCUACAUGACUGGGAAAGACAAGCUGCGUCUGUCAGUGCUGACUAAAUGUACCAUAUGUAGUUAUAAUGUUUAAUCUACAUUAAUUUAUUGUAAUUGUACACGUCCCAUUAUCUUUUCCUGAUUCACAAUUUGAUUCUCUGGGUUUGUUAAAUAAACUGGCUUUAACCAACUUGAACACAA